CUGCUCGACGGCUUCCUCCAGGCGUUCCUGCUCAUCUUCUUCAGCGAGAUCGGCGACAAGACGUUCUUCAUCGCCGUCAUCCUCGCCACCCAGCAGGACAAGGCCACGGUGUUCGCGGGAACCUUCGGCGCCCUCGCGGUCAUGACCGUCAUCUCCGUCGGCAUCGGCCAGGUGUUCCACCUCGCGGAGGAGUCGACCACGGCGCUGGCGGGAUCCAACUGGGACGAUUACCUCGCCGUCGCGCUCCUACUCGUCUUUGGCGUUCAAACCAUCCUGGGCGCCGAGGAGGACACCGCGGAGGAGGAAGAGGAGGACGCCAAGGUGGCCGUCGCGGGCAUGCAGUUCGACGGCAACGCCGCGCUCGUGCUGUCCACGUUCGCGCUGGUCUUCGCCGCGGAGUGGGGCGAUAAGAGCUUCAUCGCGACGAUUGCGCUCUCCGCGGCGGCGUCCCCCUUGGGCGUCGUGGCGGGCGCGGUGGCGGGACACGGCGUCGCCACCGGCCUCGCGGUGUUCGUCGGAGAUAUCCUCGGGGAUAAGAUCCCCGAGCGGGUGAUCAAGUACGCGGGAGGCGGGCUCUUCAUCGUGUUUGCCAUCCUCACCGCGCUCGAG